AUGCCGCCGCUGCGCCAGCCUCUCCCCAUGGCCGCGCUCGCCGAGCAGCUGGUGAUCGACAUGGCGGCCGAGGCCGGGGAAGGCCUCGUCUCGACGCCCGGGGACCCCAUGCACGCCGUCGUCAUCGCCAGACUGGAGGCGGCGGUGCGGGAACUGCCGGAGGAGGCCGCCGUCCGCCUCAGCCAGGCCGUGCUCCUGGCGGUGGACAAGGCCCUGGUCUACGAGGAGCUGGACAGAGCCUGGAGCGAGCUGUUCGUGUUCAUGGCAGCCCGCGCGCUGGGACCCUUGCCGGUGAGGCCGCGUCGAGGACGUCGAGGGCUGGUGUCCGAGCUGGCCUCCUUCGCCGCCCUGUCGGCGCCCGUGGACGAGGAGACGGCGCACGCGCUGCUGACCGUGGCGGCCGCCUGCCUGCCGGACCACUUCACCAAGGUGGACAGCACGGAGCUGAGCGCGGCGUCCACAGCAGCCGUCAUGGCGCAGCUGCCGAGGAUGUCGCGGCUUGAGUCGCUGCGGCUGACGAAGGCGAACGGGGCCGGCCUGCUGCCGGGCGUGCUGUACCCGCUGGCGCGCGCGCUGCACGCCAUGCCGGGCCUGAGCGUGGUGUCGCUGGCGCAGAGCGCCACGGACAACGUGCUGCGCGUGCUGGCGCAGGCCUGCCCCGACACCCUGGAGGAGCUGGACGUGUCGCGGAGCUCGGCCGUCACGGACAAGGGCGUGACCGCGCUCACGGCCUGCACCAACCUGCGCGUGCUCAAGUUGACGCGGACUGCGGUGACGGCGGUGGGCGCUGAGCGCGUGCUGCGGGGCUGCCCGUGGCUGCAGAAGCUGGGCAACAUCCCUGACCUGGGGCGCGCGGUGGCGGCGGCGGCGCGCUCCGAGGCCGGCAGGGUCAGCGGCAGGCGCGGCUCGGCGUCGGCCAGGGGCAAGGCCCGCGAGCGCGCCGGCCAGGAUGACGUCAGGGAGCGCGGCGAGCUGCAGCUCAGGUCGUUCCGCAGCGACCGGCCGCCGCCGCUCGACGUCCUGGCGGAGCACUGCCCGCGCCUCGACGACAUCACCAUCUGCCUGUCCGAGGACGCCGAAUACUGUGAGCCUCUGCCUGGCGCUGCCGACGGGGAGACGCGCCAAAGUGACGACGGAGUCUUUGUCUGCCCAGACCGAAUGUCGAGCUUCGGCGCGCUGCACCGCUCCGUGCCGGGGCUGGCCCGCCUCCGCGUCACCUGCGACGACGGCGUGGCCAACGACGUGAUGGCCGAGCUGCUGGACUGGCCGGAGGACGCGGACGACGCUGCCGGCGCGGAUGACAGUGGCGCGACCGCGGACGAGACCAGGUCCUCAACGCCCUCGGCAGCGCCGGACCCACCGAUGCCACAGCGGCUCGACAACCUGGUCGAGCUCAAGCUGUGCGGCACGGUGCUGGCCGCGUGGGACCUGCACGUCAUCGGGCACGUCUGCCCGCGGCUGCAGCAGCUCACCCUGGUGUCCACGCCGCCCAGCCCCGACCCGCGCCACCAACGCCCGCUGCGCCAGCCCCUGCCCGAGGACGCGUUCCGGAGUCUGCGCGUCCUGCAGACGGAAGACCUCCUGCCCGAGGCCGAGCUCCUGGUCCUCAGCCGUGCCGUCGCCCUGGAGGAGGUGUACAUCAGCCACUGGGACCCGGGCGCGCGGCGCAUGAGCUUCAGCGAGGAGGCGUUCCUCGACGCCCUGCAGGGCAACCCCCUGCUGCAGCUGCGGACGUUCUGUGUGGACGAGGCGCCGUUCCUGGGCGAGCGCGCCGCCUGGCGCCUGCUGGAGUGCCCCGAGCUGAAGGAGCUGGCCACGCUGCGCAGCUGGGACGGCCUGGGGCCCGGCACGCUGCAGCACCUGCAGUCCGUGGCCGCCUACAGGAACCUGGACGUCAUCAUCCAAUGA